AUGCCUAUUUGCAUCGAGUGCUCCUAUCCGGUCUCUCACCUGUACAGCGCCUACAGCCGUGCCGAUGACCGGUCCCAAGGCAAGGGUGUGCGGCUAACGCAAUGCCCGCGUUGCCAGCGGUUUGCCGAUAAAUACGUUGAAUAUGACUUUGUCGUGCUCUUCAUUGACUUGGUGCUCAUUAAGCCCCAGGUAUACCGACAUCUCCUCUUUAAUCGGCUCGGGCGAGACGACAACCAGUUCGAUCGGUCCAUAAUUCGCCUAGGAGUGCUUCUACUUCUCUUCGACGUCUACUUGACCUGGGCACGCAUUGAGAAGGACCCAUCUCUCGCAACGACCUUCUUGUCACGCGCCCCUAUCAUUGUCCAAUACCUCUUCUUCCUAAGCUUGAAUGGAGCCGCAACUCUCGCACACCACCUCACCGUGCGCCUUCUGGCCUCAAUCCUUGUUCCGAAGUCGCGCCGGUACAGCGGACCAGACAGCAGCAGCAACGCCAACACCAAUCCUACCACAAAAUCGACAAAAGAUACCACCCCCUUCCCCUCCGGACCCCCUACGCCAACGCAUCCUUCGCCAUCCACGGCGCCAAUAAGCCCACAAACCCAGACCCCCGCCAACCCCUCCGCAAGCCUACCAAGCCCAAGCCCAACCCCCAACUCAAAUAGCGAGGUCACCUCCCCAACCGAGCUAUCACCGCCACCGCAAGGCACAUCAAUGGGACCACCACCCCGACCUGCGCCGCCGCUACGCCGGACAUCAACAGCUCCGAUGCAGAAUAUCCAGCCCCUGCCCCCUCCAACAGCCGCGAGCCCAGCAGCAAUCAGCACCGCUCUGCUAGUCAGCAGCUGUGCAAAGCUUUUUCCCAUACUGCUAGUAAUCUGGGGCGCUGACGGCAACGGCAGCCUCUCGGAUAUUCCAGCGCACAGUCAUACAGCAGCACAUGUUCGGUCCCAGACGGCUACAAUUCCGAGCGCGGUGCAACAAACCCUGCUCGCUACAGCGACGAAAACAUCUUCCCUCCUCUCUACGAAAGCAGCUAUAUCAUCUCCGCCCUCAGAUUCGGCGCUUUCUUCUUCAUUCCUGGAAUCGUGGCUGACUACCAUGACUUCUUCACUUCACACUUCUACGCCGACGAGUUAUCUGACGGGGCUUUUUGACUUGCUAUCUUCGUUGCUUUCUCUUGGUGUUGUUGAUACGCAUCUGGUGCUUCUGAGCAAUAUCGAGGCUCUGUAUAUCUUACUUGGGUGUGGGUAUCUGCGUGCUGUUGCCGUUGCUGUUGCAGGUCAAACCGCCCGGUGGGCGGUACAAAGGGUGAUUCUGGGUGCUGUGGGAGUUGGUUAA